AUGGCUGCCAAAGAAUUAUUUGUCCGACAGUCUUCAAUGCCAGAUGACCCCAAUGAGGAUUGGUUCGCUGUUGAUCGAUCCAGGAACGCCCUAGCACCAGAACCAGAACUCAAUGCCCUACUCGAAGAAAACGUCCCAAGGGUCCGACCAUGUCCAUUUAAUCGCUAUAACGACAUCGAAAUCCACAUUCCAACCCGAUGGCACCCAUUUCAAAAGCCCAAGUUCGCAGGGUUACAAGCAGGUGCCAUUUUUGCCAGCUCUUUCUUCAACCACCUCCAAAUAGAGAAGUGCCAAACGUGGCAUAACCAAAAGCAGAGCAAUCGUCAAGAAUACAGUGAGGAGGAAAAGUGGUUUGUCUGGUACAAACGCGUCCGUCUCGGGCAGAAAUGGAAGGGUGUCGUUGAGAGCUUCAACCGCCAAUUCCCGAACCGCCAACGUCAUAGCAAUCAAGGAAUACCAAGUAUGCUUUAUCGAUUUACCAAGGAGAAAGAAAGAGUUGGACGGCUGCCAUGA